GGAUGUUUGGCGCGCGGGAUAAUUAGCUAGGAUGGUAUGCUAAUCAAACGGAGUUCCUGAAUUACCAUUGACAGUUGAAGAGUCAGAUAUCCCCAGGUAGAGCGAAAGAGUAGCAGGCAUUCUAACAGGGAGGAGAUGGAGCAGUCUAGCAGCAGGUUGUACUCAGGGCCUCUGUCCCAGGCAGCACAGAAGAUCCUGGUUGUUCUGCGGGCCCAGAGUGGACAUGCAGCCAGACGCAACCACAACUACUCCUACGAUCGCAGGCAAAUAGAGGAGCGAUAUAAUGGCAGCCAGAGGGAGCUGUGGGCUCAGAGCAGUUGGAGCUUGAGUCAGCAAGAAAACAAAGAGAGAGACACAGACCGGCCCCAGGUGCCCUCCUUUUCCACUUCUUACAAUGACGCCUCCAACCAGUGGCAGAGCUCUCAGACCUCAGCCUGCUAUCAGUACUCACAGACACCAGACUGCUCCCUGUCAUCCCAGGCCUCCUCCUGCUGGGAUUCCUCACGUCAAAGGCAGACGUCUCAGACUGAAGCCUAUUAUCGGUGCUCACAGGUUUAUUCCCAAAGACAGUACUCCGAACCCCCUGCUUGCCAGUCCAGUCAGGCUCUGUCAUUCACUCAGCAUGAGGAGACGGCAGCAUCUCUCUCCAAUAGAGACAAAUACACCCUGUCCUUCCAAAUACCAAAGAUGCUUUAUGAACAUCAAACUACACCAUGGAGAAGCUCCACUGAAGAAAUCAGGCCACCUUUCAUCCACAAUCUUUCUCCAGACAAGAAAGAUCAUGAUACGGCUUUGUUCCCCCCAACCAAUUACCCUAAUACCCAUGAAGCUGAGCCUGCUUUGGCUUGUCACCAAGUUUCUUCCUGCCUUAAAACAAGUGAAGAGACAGAUAAUGACACAUCAGGUGCACAGAAAGAAAACAGAAAUGCAGAGAGCUGGCAUAUCCCCAGAAAGAAGCUAGACCACGCUGUAGGUUCAGACAGCCAAGCAAAGUGGAAGCUACUUCUAUCCAACCCCACUGAAGAAGUUGUCAGUGGAGAAGAAGAUGGGGGCAUACUAUAUCACCAGUCAGAGGAAGAGGUUCAGCAAGUAGUGGAUUCUGAAAACAUGCGCGCAGGUAAAGUGCAAAUGUCAGACCGAGGACAUGAAAUGCAGGAUGGAGUAACGUGCCAAGAGACAAGACAUUGGGAUGCACCCUUGCCAAAUGAGAAAGGAUCAGCCAAUGAAAUGCAAGGAUUUCUGUUCUUGGGAACCAAUGAGAACACUAGUUUAGAGAGAAAUUUGAAUUUGGUAUUUACAAGUAAAAUGGACAAAAGCUUCCAUUGUUAUUCUGAGGAUGCAAAGUCUGGGCAGAAAGAACAUAAUGACUUUGAUUAUAUAGUUAAUACACAUGAAAUCAAAGUUGAACAUUCCUCUAGCAUUGAGGAUAAAGAGAUGUCAGUGGGAUGUCUUCUGGGCACUCCAGAAAAGAUCUUGGUAUCUUCAGAAAGGGGAGAUCACAAGUGGGGCCACUGCCAAGCUGAAAGCCCUCAGGUUGUGUGUCAGACUGUGACUGAAACAGCAGAGAAGGACAACACAGAAAACCCACUGGUGCAGUGUGAGGCCACCAAAUUGUUCCUGGGUGACACCACUACUGAUAACCUGGAGAGAACCACAGAGGAAGGAAUAGAAGUAAUUGAGGUUGGUCUGGAAGUGCAGAGAGAGAGCAGUGCAGGUAUUGAUUCAAACACUGAAGAUAAAAUUGAGACAGAGCAGCACCAUUGUUCUGAUGUCCAAAUAAGAGAAAGCCAGUGUGAGACAGAUUAUAAAGAGGUUAACGAGUUACCUGGAGGAGGCAAUGAGCCAGGAGAGAGGGGGGAAGACAGAAAUGAGUAUGUGAUGCCACCUGUGGACAGCGAAAAUGGGAGUACAUCUACAGAGGACUCGGGUAGAGAAAGUUGUUCCAUGACACCGUUGUCCCGGAAGUUCAGGGCAAAAAGGUUAGAGUUCAGAGCUCCCUGUCUCCUUGGGAACCACCAGCACCAUGGCAAUAUACAAGCUGCUAAUGGAAAUGCCAGAGGGAUCAGCUCAACCAAGAUACUGGCCUCAACAUGCAGUUUUGCUGCUGGACAAAACUCCUCAGCACAAGACUUGAUCUCAACUACCACAAAACCGAGCAAAAAACUGGGAAACCGCCACCUACCUACAUCGGAAACUCAUUCAUGUCAUCCUCCCCUGAUCCCCUCCUUCCCUUUAAAGAGGAAGCUUGAAGUACUUAAGCGACAAUAUGCUGACCCUCCUAAAAUCUACCUAACCAGACGUCCUCCAAAAUGGGAGCCUCCUUAUUCCUCUCAAGAAAAGGCAGGGGAAAUAGGGGUAAAUGAGCUGAAGAGAGCCAAGCCCGGGACCUCUAUCCCUGAACUUCCAGCUGUAACCCCAAAACCACAGACUGAAGUCAGUCCUUUACAUAAAACAGGAAAAUUGUUGGGGGUACAUAAAGACACAUAUGGCCCAAAGCAAACUCGACAAAUCCGGCAGAGUAUAGUGGAAGGAAGGUGCCCUGAAUCAGCUAGGAAUACUUCCAAACAGACCCCAUCUUCUGUGACCUGCAAACCACUCAAACGGGCCAAAUGUGGGCCUGACCAGGGAAUAAAUGGGCCAAAGUUAUCCCACGAGGAGGCUCAUGGUAAUGAGCCCCAGAACCAAUCCAAAGCUGGCUGUCUGACUGCAGCCCUGACGUCUGAUCCUAGAGUAAAGGAUUCUGGUAAAAUGAACCCAGACGAGAAGAUGCAAAUGCUUGAGAAGGUGGGAAAGACCAAGGCGCUGGUGCUAACCUUGGUGUACCGAGAUGGAACAACUCAGUUAGACCUAGAACAGAAGCUCACUCAAGCAGUGUGUGGCCUCCUCAUACUGAUGAAGAACAAUCUUGACCGCAGCACACCAGAGGACACGCUCGGGCCAAAUGACAGUCUGGUCUACUUAAAACUAGAGCACACACCUGCAUGGGCCCAGCAACACAAACACCAGAGCCAGGAGCUCUUUACUAGAGAUAUAUUGCUACAGGUGCUAUCAGGAUCCCAACUGGUGGUGUGCUAUAAAGCCAAGGAUUUGCUUCGUACAGCUCUGCAGUUUUACAGACGAGACCUCAGCUGGAAACAAGUGGCAGGCUGCCAUAUCCAGGACCCACAGGUGUCAGGGUGGCUUCUGGAUCCUACAAAUCCCUCCUCCUGCUACCCGGACCUUCUCAGUAAACACAGCAAAAGACCCCAUACAACACCUGCCCUGGGUACCAAGAAGGUUUCUCAGGUCAUCUCAGGUCUCUAUUCACUCUACUGUCUUAACAUGAAGCUAUGCUUUAAACUACAGAGCCAGGGGCUGUGGGAGCUGUACUCCGACAUGGAACUCAGCAUGAUCUCUGUUUUGGCAGCCAUGGAGAGCCAUCACAUACAUGUGGACAAAGAAGCUCUUAAGAGAACUUCAGACCUGCUGGGGGCUAAGAUGAAGCAGUUGGAGCAGGAGGCCCACCGAGCAGCUGGACAAAUAUUCCUGGUCACCAGCAACACUCAACUACGAACAGUCUUGUUCGAGAAGCUGUGCCUCCAUAAGCGCUGUGAGAACAAGAAACUUCCCAAGACUAUCAACAAACAACAGCAGUCAACAUCAGAAGCUGCAUUGUUGCAGCUUCAGGACCUGCACCCUCUGCCGAAGAUCAUUCUAGAGUACAGACAGGUUCACAAAAUCAAGUCCACUUUUGUUGAUGGGAUUCUCUCAUGCAUGAUGAGCAAGAACUACAUUUCCUCUACGUGGUACCAGACAAGUUCGGUGACAGGGAGAGUCUCAGCCAAGCACCCAAACUUCCAAGCCUUGCCAAGGCAGCCACUUCAAAUCACCAAGAAGCAGUACAUCGAAGGAAAGGAGGAGGAGGUGGUGACUGUUCAUCCUCGGGCAAUGUUCAUCCCUCAGGAAGGAUGGACUUUUCUUGCUGCAGACUUCUGCCAGGUGGAGCUGCGUCUGUUGGCUCACCUUUCCUCUGACCCUGAGCUGCUCCGCAUUUUCACCAACCCGCAGGCGGACGUCUUUACCAUGUUGGCCUCUCAGUGGAAGGGUAUGAGUGAGGGUGAGGUGACUUCUGAGGAUCGGGAACAUGCCAAACGCAUUGUCUACUCUGUUGUGUACGGGGCAGGUCGUGAGCGUCUGUCGGGGAUCCUCGGGGUGAGCGCUGAGCAGGCCAGCAGAUUCCAGGACAGCUUCCUGCAGACCUACAAAGAAGUCCAUGCCUUCAUCCAGAGGACCAUCCAGCAGUGCCACAAACAAGGGUAUGUGCUCUCCAUCAUGGGUCGUCGACGCACCCUCCCUAACAUCAACGCCCCCGAUUGGGGCAUCCGCAUGCAGGCUGAGAGGCAGGCAGUCAACUUUGUGGUCCAAGGUUCUGCUGCUGAUCUCUGUAAGAUGGCCAUGAUCAGAAUCUUCAAGCUAGUCUCCUCCUCCAGCUCACGCUCUGCCAGGCUGAUAGCACAGCUCCACGAUGAGCUUCUGUACGAAGUGGAGGACUCCCAGGUGGAACAGUUUGCAGAUCUAGUGAGGAGCACCAUGGAGUCCCUUCAGCACAUAGACCAUCUAGGAGUCCAUCUUAAGGUCCCCCUGAAGGUGGCAGUCUCCAGUGGCAAGUCUUGGGGAUCCAUGUCUGAGCUUAACAUCCCUCCAAUGUCUCCCUCUCCUUCUCUUUAAGUCCUUCCUCUUUUUGCGCUUUCUAUCUUUCACCACCUCUUUUGCUUCUUCUACCACCAUGCCUCUGUAUCGAAUACAUUUUACAAUAUUUUCUUGCUCUGCUCCCUCUCCCUCUUGGUGUGUUCUCAUCUUUCUGCCUCUGCUUAAUUUCUUGUUACAUUUCUUUCUCUUGUAGUCUUUCUGUUCCACUCAGUCUGUCUCUCCCGCUCUUUUCACGUGUCCUGCAUCCACAUUACUAUGGUAACCAGGCAGCUGCAGCUCCUUCCAGCUCCCAGUUCUUGCUUUCACUCCAUCCGUAUCCGGGGGCAACGGCAGGAGCCACAGACUGGAUCGCUCUUCUCCUUCCUCCUCUCUGUUUUCACACUCUUAUUAAGACCAAUGCUGUUUUCUCUGCCUUGUUGCCAAGGUGAAUCUCCACAUUUGAGAGAGUGCUUGAUAUUUAUUGGUUCAUAAAAUGUAUUGUAUGAUUUUUUGUAAAAAGGCGUAGCGUUGAUCUACUGUGUACCUGCAAUAUGGUGUACUGUGUUCUAUAGAAAACAUGCUUGUAUUUAUUGUUUUUAUGCUUUGUGCGGAAUAAUUCUUGCUUUGAUUCUAAACCCAAUGAGUUUUCUCACCCGGUUUCAUUUUCUCAUGCAGGUUUUUUUCUUUGUACACUAGGCACUAAUCCUUCAAUUCUUCAAGCUAAUUUGCACAAUACAUUUUAGAGCAUUUUUAGAGGUGAUGCUCUUAUUAACAGAAGCGUAGAAUACUAGAACAAGCAUAAUUAGCUUGAAUUUAAACAAAUGUUACAAAUGAGUUUUAAAUCAUAGUUCCCUGUCAAUAUUCCUUUCACCCUUAAUUGACGAUGAUUCUAGGGGGGGCAAAGAGCAAGGGAGAGUUAAAAAAAAAAAGUCAGUUGUAUUCAGCAUAUAUUCUAAUAUUUUAAUGCCAUAAAGUCAGGAUAUUUUCAAGGACAAUUUCUCCAAUAAACCACCUUUUUGUUGGUUGCAUUCAGCUGAUUCAAAGGUUAUCUAAUUUUGCUUAGCCAUGUGCAUCCAGCGCUUCGCUCUCUCCAGCUCAUCUUUGAUCCACUCAGUUGGCGCUAGCCCACUCUCGCCUUUGUCCUGUUGGUGCCUCUGUCACAGAAGACACAUUCCACGAAUGCUCGUACACAAGCAUACACACUCUUAAGAAACACGCGCCUACUCUUUUUUUUUUUAAUCUACGCAGCCACCAUGAAAGCACUCACACACAAUCACCGGCUUCCAGGCACACUGACCGACUUUCCUUGUCUCUGGCAGCCACAGCAAGGCUCUUUUGGCCCCUGUUAUACCGUCUUCCAAUUAAGACCCUUUAAGCCUAUAAAAUGGGUCUAGGCAGAACCAUACACCAUUGUGAUAUUAAAAAAAAAAAAGCCUAACCCCCAUUACCUAUUUAAAAUGUCACCUUACGUUGGCUGCUAAUUAUAGGAGUUGUCACUUUUUAGGUUGGUACAAAGGUGGCAUGUGGGAUACCCAGCAGAUCUGCCAACGUUCUGUCUUGUCAUGUAUUUAUAUUCCUCAAGUUUCUUUUCUUUUUCAGUGCAACAGCCCUUCACUUUGCCUGUUGAACCCACUGACAGGAAUGUAUUCUCCAUGUGCUGUUGUGAGAAAAGCUUUUCUCACCAGGUCAGUUUGAGCAGUUCAGAACCAGAGCAAUGGACAGUGUUAUGGAAAUCUGCCCUCUAUUCUCUCAUUGUUCUGUGGUUUUAGGGUUCACAGCCGCGCCCCUUUCAGAGGGGAGCGUGAGACUGGUAUGUGCAAUUUCUAGAAGGCACAGUGAAAUUUGGAGUAGGGGUGUUCAAAGUAGUUAUGGAGGUAAAACAAAACUAAUUAAAACAACUGUUUAGUUGUAUUCUAUAUAUAGUCAAUUGGAACAUUUUUGUUUAUUUCACCAGUUAAAAUAAUCUGGCAGCAAGGCAUAUUAGGGAGAGGAAUAAUUAUUACAUGAUGCCUGUUAUCUUCUACUUUUAUGAAUAAAAAACAGAAAAAUGCAUGAUGGAGAUCCAUCGUAUGUUGGCCUCCAUUCUAUUUCUUAAACAUUUCGCUUUAAUGAUAUGAAUGACCUUAUGAUUAUGUUCAUUUGAAGAAAAUAUGCCUUCACUUUAAUGACCUGUGCCAUUAACAGCAGCCAAGGCCCAAGGGUCCCUCUGAAGACUCCAGUUGUCAAGGGCAACAGCAUGAGUCUCCUUAGCUGCCAUGGCGACCCGUCAGAUUUGUAAGUAUCCUCACGGCUGUGAUUGCUGACACUUAUAUCACUUCAAAUCUAAUAUUUAUCUCAAAUUAUAAUCUAUCCUUUUAACCUUCUCUUCUCUGCUCUCUUGGCAAGUAUGGAAAAAAACAGUCUACUGUUGCAACAUAUAAAAGCUUAAUGCAUCAUCAUUUUUAAUUGAUACAAUAUAUGUACAUCCAUGUUUCAAUCGUCAUAAUGCAGGAAUCCCAUCUUUACAUCUAUACAGUGUUCCAAGUGUUUGUCAGUAUAAAAGAAAAGGUUAAUAAUCACAAUAAUAAUAGUAAUCCUGGUGUGGUAAUACAGCAGUCUUUCAAAGGAAUGGCAGAAAGGGAACUGAAAGCUAAUAGACCCCAAUAAAGACCAGGUUGUCACUGCAGUCUCACUGAGGUCGGGCAGACUGGUUGAACCUACGAACAUGCCUCAUCAUCUUAAGCACUGUCUCCCUGGGAAUCACUAAAUCUGCUAAAUCAUCACAUCAUACUUAACCUUAUUACUGUACUGUAGAAUCUUGUCCCACACAAUACCUGUCUGUCAUUUUGACCCUGCUUUUCCUCUCUUUCUCUUCCUGUAACCUCUCUAACCCUAUGGGCCCCUGGCACUAUUUUCUCACUGCUCUAGUUUACAUGUGGCCUCUUCUCUCAAAUUCCUCACCGUAGCCAAAGCACCCCUGUCCUAACCCCAGGUUUUCAAAGUUCCCUCAGAGACCAUUUAACACCCUUCCCCCCCAAGUCCAUCUAUCUCACCCAGUUAUGUAUCAAUCCCUCCUUCAAUUUCUCCAUCAUAGAUUGCUUUAGAUAGAUAGAUUGUUGACCUGACUGCCUCCCCACAGUGUGGCUGCAUAUCAAUCCCCUGCUGUGCUUUGUGUGGGUCGGUUUCCUGGCAACAGACAACAGCCAUGACAGGGCUCCAGGGCAGAGAGAGCCCCUUGCAUUGCAGCAGUCUGCUAUAGCUAGAUAGCUCAGUCCAGAGCCACUGAUAUUCAUGGCCAUGGCUGGUGUGUGCUAUAAGCUAACAGAGCUGCUGCUGUUGCAGUGUUCUUGGCUCUCUCUGGUGUUUUGAGAGUUCAAGCAGACAGGCAGGACAAGGAAGGCUGUGUCUGAACCCAUCAGCCUGGGAUAGAGACACCAAGGCUAAGAUGGCUCGCUCUGUAGCCCCUGAAAGUGUCAGUCAGUGUCAGAUUGUUUUGAGGUAAUACAGAUGAAGACACCUGCACUACUGUAUAAUCUCUUUAUUAGUGCUGUAAAUAUCUUUAAAAUAUAUAUUUUAAAUAUUUUUAAUCCACUGUUUCUUUUACAAAAGGAGUAAAAAUGACCCCCCAGAUGCUAUUUACAGUAAAAUAUACUUUACAACUUUACAGUAGCUAAUUUGCAGAUAAAAAAAAGACUUUGAAACUCACUUGUGAGAAACAUGUUUAUGAUUUGUGAUUGUUGCAGUUGAUUUUUAAUUGAUUCUUUUUCAAUUUGUACUGACAGAGUUGUGGUAGUGAAGUUGCAGUGCAUGUCUCAGUGGUAGUGCAUGUCUCAGUGGUACAAGUUAAGUCAAAAGUCUUCAUGGUUAAAUAAAAGCUCAGCUAAGAGACUUACAGCAUAUUGCACUUUCAGAAUGGGGCUGCACCAUCUUUUUCCUGUCUGCUUGAACUGCUCAUUCUUUAGCAUCCAUUAUCCCCCUCUUGUCAUUUCCUAUUGACAUCUGUACAAAUUUGCAGCGGUACACCUGUGUACUUCAACUUUGAGUUUUAAAAAACACAUCUUUG